GUCAGUAGUAUAAAUUAAUAUGUUGGAUAUAUUUAAUAGACCCCAUGUCGAUCCCUCGGGACUCUUCCUCGCGACUAGUCCAUGGCCUAUGGUGGCCAUAGUGUCGUCCUAUCUGAUCUUUGUGCUAAAGGGACGUAAGUUUAUGGAAAAGCGAAAAGCCUUUGAUCUGCGCUCUGUACUUAAGGUCUACAAUCUCAUACAGAUUUUGUACAAUGCCUCGCUAUUCGUAACGGUAGUUAGCUACUUAAUUGUAUUCAGGAACUAUAACUUACGUUGCAUGAGAGUUGUGCCUUUGGAUCAUCCACACAAGAACAUGGAUCGUAUGAUAUGCUAUGCGUACUAUGUCAACAAGUAUAUCGACAUGCUGGACACCGUCUUCAUAGUGUUGCGCAAGAAUAACAAGCAGAUCACGCUUCUGCAUCUAGUUCAUCAUCUGUAUAUGCCCAUCACGGGAUACUUCAUAAUCAGGCUCGUUGGCUUCGGGGGUCAUCUUCUAGUAACGGGUGUCCUGAAUGUCUUCGUGCACGUUAUCAUGUACAGCUACUACUACGCCGCGGCACAGAGCUCGACUAAAAACAAGGUAAUCUGGUGGAAGCCGUACAUCACUAUACUGCAGAUGGUACAGUUCGUACUUAUAUGUGGGCACAGCGUAUGGACCCUGAUGCAGCCAAAGUGUGACACAUCGCGUCCUAUGAUCUAUGCGGCGUUCUUCAUGUCAAUAGUAAUGUUCUCAAUGUUUACCAAUUUCUACAUACACGCUUACACAUUGCCCGAGAAAACGAAAGCAGUGAAGUCAGACUAAGAAGGAAUAAAAUUU